AGCAGCAUUUUCACACUUGGUGCUGUUCAAAAAUUUUUACUUAAAAAUGAAUUACUCAGUACAUAAAACGUGUGUACAGCUUUUGAGGUGCUACGGCACAAACAAGUUUUUCGAUUUAACGAAAAAUCAUUGGCUACACCCACCAAGAAAUACAUCGGCAAUGUUAACAAGUCGAACAGUCAUAGCAAGACCAAAAGAGUUUGACGAACUGAAAGAAAAAGCAAAGAAAAGAAAGGAAAAAAGAGACGCUGGCUUUGACGAUAGUGAGAAUGUUGGCCUAUAUGGUUAUUUUUUACUGUCCAUACCUGUGAUAACAUUUGGACUCGGUACAUGGCAAGUUGGUAGAAGACAAUGGAAAUUAGACCUCUUGAAAGAUCUUCAAGAUAGGUUGUCCAAGGAACCAAUCGAAAUGCCAGAGAACUUGGAUGACUUGAAGAGACUGGAAUAUUCCCCUAUAAAGGUAAGGGGUGAAUUUUUAUACGAUAAGGAAUUCCUUGUUGGUCCAAGAAGUUUGAUCAUUGAUGGACGUGGAGCCACUGAGGGCAAAGGAAAUUUAAUAUCAAACAGUUCAACAAGUCGAGGAUAUAAUGUGAUUACUCCGUUUAAAUUAGAUGAUAGAGAUUUGGUUAUACUUGUAAAUAGAGGAUGGUUACCGCAUAAAUAUAAACAUCCUGAAGAGCUUAAAAAAACUCACAUCGAAGGAACGCUAGAAAUAAGUGGAAUUAACAGGCUUAAUGAAGUACGACCUCAGUUUACUUUUAAAAAUGAUCCUGAGAAAGGGAUUUGGCAUUACAAAGACCUGGAGCAAAUGUCAAAUUAUGCAGAUACUGCACCAAUUUUUUUGGAUAUGAUUGAAUCAUUUCCUGAUCAAGAUAUGCCAAUAGGUUCGCAAACUCGAGUCAAUUUGAGAAAUGAACACUUAAGUUAUAUAGUCACAUGGUUUGGUUUGUCAGGUUUAACUGGAUAUUAUUGGUAUAGGAUGUUUAUACUAAAAAGGCCCAUUUUUUAA